GGGGAGAAAAUGCAAUUACUGUUUGUAACCUCUACCAACUUUGGGGACUCCGAAGAGAACCAAAAGGGUUUUCUACAAAAACAAACCCAAGAUCUCACACUGUAAAUCGCAGUAAAAAACAUGGAAUCUGAAGGGCAACAACAAAACUCAUCCAACCCAUCAGCCGUGAUCGCAGCUCUUCUAUGCAAAAGAGCCAAACAACAUGAAGAACUUCGAAGCAUCGAAAAACAGGUUUAUGACAUGGAAACUGCUUAUCUACAAGAUCCAAGCCAAAGUGGAAACGUAUUAAAAGGCUACGAAGGGUUUCUAUCAGCAUCUAAGAGCACUGCAUUCUACAAGCGGUCUAGGAAAUUUCAGGUGGAAGAUAGGCUUUUUUCACUAUCUUCGGUCACCUCACAAGCGACCGAAGAACAUGCUGCAAUGGGAGCUGCAUCUGCGAUGGGACCGGGAAAGCCGAAAAAGGGGAGACCGGGACCUAGGGAUGUGAGAAGAAUCAGGCAGUACAGUGAACCUGACUUUGACUAUGAGGAUGAUCCUGAUUUGAUUUGAGAUUAUUUGGUUUUAUGGAGGCUUACAACUAGGUAUGCUACAAGAGAAGGGAUAAAGAUAUAUAAUAACAAAAGUUUGCUUUUUGACGUUAAUGGUGGAUGAAAGAUUGUUGCUCUUAUGUAUAUAAUAUAUAUGCAUAUAAACAUUGGAAAAAAAAACAAA